AUGUCACAGGAGCAUGACAAUAAACGGGCGGUGCUGGUAUUACAGAAUGAUCCAGCCUAUAGCCAGCGCCGAGCCUUCACCAGUGAAGACGAGGCAUGGAAGUCUUUCCUGGAGAACCCUCUUACAGCUGCUACCAAAGCCAUGAUGAGCAUCAAUGGAGAUGAGGACAGUGCAGCAGCUCUGGGCCUGCUUUAUGACUAUUACAAGGUGCCACGGGAGAAGAGGACAAUAUCCCAGCCAAAGGCAGACAUCCUAGGCUCUGAUGUGGAUCCCAACAAAAGAAACCUGAUGACUCAGCUCCCAGAGACCUCAAUGCCAUCAGCUGAGAGCAGAUUUCAGGUGCUUAAGGGGGUCCCGCUAAACAUCGUGCUUCCUGGGAACCAGAUGGCACAGGACAAGAGAGCACUCUUCCCCUCACCCGACACCACGGUCACCGUGUCCAUCGCUGCCAUGCCCAAUUUCCCUGUAAAGACUGAGGGGCCUUCACAUGCUUUCUCUGUCACUGUGCCCAACCCGCACUGCUCAGAGUCUGAGGGCCACGCAGCAGCAUUUCAGCUCGUCCAUAACCAGUUCAGCCCCAACACACAGCCCCGGACGCCCGACUCUACAUUUCCAGAGACCUUCAAAGAUGGGGGUCCGGAGGUGUUCGCGUUCCCAGGGGAUCUUCAGUUACGAAUGGCCUCCAUUGCUCAAGAGGAAUAUGACCCCUACGAGACUGUGUCGGGCAAUAACUUUGAAUACACACUGGAAGCCUCAAAGUCCCUCCGACAGAAAUCAGGUGAUGGCACAAUGACAUACCUCAAUAAGGGCCAGUUUUACCCCAUCACUCUAAAGGAAACAAACAACAGCAAAGUCCUUCAUCACCCUAUAUGCAAAGUCAGGAGCGUAGUGAUGGUCGUGUUUGGCGAGGAGAAAUGCAGAGAUGACCAGCUCAAACAUUGGAAGUACUGGCACUCCAGACAGCACACGGCCAAGCAAAGAUGCAUCGACAUCGCUGACUACAAAGAAAGCUUCAAUACCAUCAGCAACAUCGAGGAGAUCUCCUACAAUGCUAUUUCCUUUACAUGGGACAUCAAUGAGGAGGCAAAGAUCUUCAUUUCAGUCAACUGCUUGAGCACAGACUUUUCAUCUCAGAAGGGAGUGAAGGGUCUCCCACUCAACCUGCAAAUCGACACAUACAGCUACAACAACCGCAGCAACAAACCCAUCCACCGUGCCUACUGCCAGAUCAAGGUGUUCUGCGACAAGGGUGCAGAGCGCAAGAUCCGCGAUGAGGAACGCAAGCAGUCCCGCAGGAAGGUAGAUGUAGACGUCAAGGUGCCUCUUUUGCACAAGCGCAGCGAUAUCACCGUGUUUAAGAUGAUGACAGACCUAGACACGCAGCCUGUCCUUUUCAUCCCAGACAUCCACUUCUCCAACUUCCAACGUCAUGGGUUCUCUACUGAGGAUGGAGAGGAUGGCUCAGGAAUGAAGAGAUUACCCUACACAGAAGAUGAGUUUGGAUCUCCUCCCAAUAAGGUGGCCAGAGUGGACGAACCAAAAAGAAUUUUGCUGUAUGUGCGGCGGGAGAGUGAAGAGGUAUUUGAUGCCCUCAUGUUGAAGACACCAACACUAAAAGGACUGGUAGAAGCGAUUUCAGAGAAGUAUGAAGUUCCUCUUGACAAACUGGGGAAGGUCUACAAGAAAUGCAAAAAAGGGAUCUUGGUGAACAUGGACGAUAACAUUAUCAUGCAUUAUUCUAACGAGGACACCUUUCAGAUUCAGAUGGAAGAGAUGGGAGGAAUGGUAAAAUUGACCCUCACUGAGAUCUAA